AUGUCGGGAAUUAGCCGAAUGCCAAAGCCCCAGAUACGGGACAUGCUCCAGGUCGUGGUGGUAGACGAUGCAGUGAAGGAAAAAUUCCCGCCUGGGUCGACUGUCGUCUCUGCUGAGGCGCACGGGGCCAGCUUCUGGACACAGACCGCUCGCAUCGAAAUCGAGUGGCCUGACAAGACGCGACAUUGCUACUUCAUGAAGGUGGCCACGGGAGAUGUCGGGAAGGGAAUGCUUCGUGGCGAGUUCCACGGCGUGAGUGCCCUGCACAAGCACGUCCCCGAAGGGAUUCCUCGGGCAGUAGGUUGGGGUACCUACCGUUCCGACCCCGACACGCAUUUCUACCUCUGCGACUUUGUCGACAUGAUUGAGGAGCUCCCCGAUGUCGGCAAGUUCUGCGCGAUGCUCGCCAAGCUUCACCACGACAGCAUGAACUCGCCGGACGCGGCCGAUUCUUUCGGUUUUGAUGUCGUGACGUACGAAGGCAGGAUGUACCAGGAUGUGACCUGGUCAAAGUCGUGGGAGGAGUCGUACAAGCUUCAAAUGCAGGCCUUCGCAGAACAAGAGCGCGAGUCGCAGGGGCCCAGCGAAGAGCUGGACGAAUUGUUGCCGAUUCUCAUGGACAAGAUCAUUCCCCGCCUGUUACGGCCUCUGCAGACACACGGUCGCCAAAUCAAGCCCGUCCUGAUCCACGGUGACAUCUGGUACGGAAACCUUGCCAUCAACGCGGAGAAUGGCGAGCCCCUGUUCUUCGACCCCUCGGUGAUUUGGGGUCACAAUGAGCUGGAUCUCGGAAACAUGGGAACGCCUCGAUACCGCAUGGGGCGGCACUGGAUGCAGGAAUAUCACAAGCACUUCCCAAUCUCUGCGCCCGAAGAGGACUACGAAGACCGCAACGUGGUCUAUGCCAUGCAUGGCCACCUGUGCGCUUCGACCCUGUAUCCAGGCAAUGACAACUUUCGGAAGAUGUCAGUGUACACAAGGCUUCUUGUUGGAGUUUCGUGA